AUGGUCAAUUUUUUAAAGCCCUUUGAAGAAAUUACAAGACAUAUUUGUGGAUCAAAGUAUUCUACUUUAAACCUUGUAUAUUCUUAUAUUCGAACUUUAAAAAAUAAAUUUGCACCUAAAGAAGAAAAUAAUGAAUUCUUUGAAGAUUGGAUUAAUCUAAUUUAUGGCCCAGAAAAUUUAGAUACUAAUAGCGAUUCAAGUUUAAAAUUAGAAGAUUCUAAUACUGUGGAAUAUUUAUUACCUGUAAAUUGUUUCGGGCUUCUAAAAAAAGCACGGGCUGCUAUAUUUUUGUCAAUUGAUAAAUUAUGGAGUACAUCUAACUUAAUAGGUUUAAAAGCAUCUAUUUUAGAUCCCAGAGCAAUAAAAUUACUUCCAUUUGCCACAGUUCAAGAGCAUGAAGAAACCAAAGCCCAAGUUCGUGCUGAAUUAUUAUUACUUAAAACACAAUCAAAUAUUUUAAGUAACACUAAAAUAGAAAGAAGCCCGGUAACUACUGAUGAAGAUCCUCAGGAUUCUCUAA